CGCUCGGCCGUCGUCCUGCGCGCACGUGUCCUGGCCCAGCCCUCCCGAUGAGGAAGCCGCGGAUGCCCAGCGCGCGACCAGCCUGCAGCCGCCCCUCCCUGGCUAGAGACUGUUGACUGUGUUGUACUGAUAGCUGCUGAGACAAUUCCCUCGGACUGUGUUCGCCUGUGGCUAAUGCGCUACAGCGUGUCGCGGCGGCGGCGGCGGGCGCGGCGCGGGCGCUAGCACAUGCGCGGUGUGCUGUGCAUGUGUGCGGCGCUGGCGUUGUGGGCGCCGCCCACCGCGGGCCGCGAGCCAAUCGCCGCCGGCCGCGCGCCGACCGCCGCCGGUCGCGAGCCAACCGCCGUCGAGCGCGCGCCAACCGGAGCCGGCCGCGAGCCAAUCGCCGCGCGCCAGCCACACUUGCACGCGAUACGGAGACAAAUACUGGCCAAGCUGGGGCUCUCCGCGCGGCCGACGCCGCAGCGCGCGCCGCCGCGCGACGUGGUGCGGCAGAUCCUGGCUCACGCGGCCGACCCCGCGCCGCCGCCCGAGCACCGGGAUACUAGGGAGAUCAUCGCGAUAGCCCACAGAGGUAUACCAUCUAGUACAUGAUGGUGAAUGUGUACAAUGUGGUAAAACAUUAGGUCACGACUGCCUGCGUUGUGAGAGAGCAAAAGAAGCAGUCGUGACUAAUGUUUAAAGAAAGUCUGGGGAUAAAAUGGUAUAACAUCAAUAAUUUAAUCAUACAAGGUGUAAAUAACAGAUUAAUACCUAGUAGGUGCAGCAAAAAUAUAUUUAGGGGAGAUGUGACUACCUU